UGCAUUCAGUCCUCACGUCCCCUACUGUCGUUUGACCCCGUUUACCCUGUUGUCCCGCAGACGGGGACCAGCCACCUCAUGACGAACCGGCCAUGCCGGAGACCACGGCUUCACGAAAGACACGAUCCGCUACGAACGCCACUAUGACCGAAACGACCACCAGACAAUUCAAGAACAAGAUGAAUCAGCUUCAUCAAGAAGUCUUGGGCCACAAGCAUGGGCCCAUCUUCAACGCUGCCGUCAGGGCUUCCGAUGCGCCAGGUUACUAUGAUGUUGUGAAAAGGCCGAUGGAUCUCAAAAAGAUCAAGGCAAACAUCAAGAACGGCACCAUCCGUACCAUCGACGAUUUUCAGCGUGAUCUCUACCUCAUGUUCUGCAAUGCGAUGAUGUACAACAAGCCGACGAGCGAAGUACAUCACAUGGCAGAGGAGAUGAUGGAGUGGUGCGAAGGAAAGAUCUCCGACUACAAGAACGCCGAAGCACUGGCCACUUCACGGUCUUGAUCUACCCGCGGAGAGAAGUUUUACAACAUAUAAUUCAUAGGAGCCAAGUUGAGCGAGUCUCUUUAUGCCAACAAUCGAUCAUACCCCUCAAGAACUGUUCUCGCUCUUUCCUAAGUCUGUGGUCUUGCCAGCUGGUCGUGCCAGUAAGCGAUCGUCGCUCUUAGGUCUUCCAUUGAGAAUGUGGUUUCGCCUUCCCGCUCGGCGGAGGGCUGACGUUCGUCUCCAAGGGUAGCCAGCAGCUUCU